AGCGAUAUAUUUAUUAAUGUGGCAUAUUACAGAGUUCCCAGAAAUGGCCUUGCAGAAAUCCUUUAACCUGUUGGUAGUUUUGAUGGCCCACUCUGAAACCUUGUAAUCGUUGAGAACUCUUUGUUAUAGAUCUGGAAACGCAUGCAACUGUCAUGAUUGUAAUUACUGUAUUUGUCUUCAUGAACUUAUAGGGCCCAGAGAUUCGGACUGGUUUUCUCAAGGACAGCAAGCCCAUCCAACUCAAGAAGGGUCAAGAGAUAACCAUCUCCAAUGUAAAGACAUUAUGGGAGGACGAUGUUCAUCCACAUUACGUCAUGAGACGUUAUGCCAAGUUCACAACCUCACUUAUUCAACUCAAUGAAGAAUAUGGAGAUGGUCAGCUUGAAUUGAAUCUAGAACGACUUCGAAUGGCUGUUGAUGAGUUGCUUAUUAAGCUUGCCAAAACAUUCACCAAGCCAAAGUUGCAAACAGUGUUCCUCGUAAACAAUUACGAUAUGACUAUUACUGUGUUAAAGGAAAAAAGGACUCUCAGGAGGUGGCUUCCAAAGUGUACAGGAAAGGUGAAGAUAUGAACUGCCACUCUAGUGUACUUGCACGUUCUUGCAGAUUCUAUUAGAAGGUUUUAUAUCUUCUUUGCUAUAGUUUUGUUCUGGUCUAGUAGGUGGUCAAUACUCAAGUGCUAUUAUGUCCUUAGUUCUGUGCUUUUGCCUAUGCUCUUGAGUACCAUAAGACACCAAUGCCCUUGAAUUUCAAAGAUGACCACCAUUCCCUUUCUUCUCAGCUCUUGGUUUGAGCCAAUGGGCUGCACAUUUUGUAAAAGUUUGCAUGCAACUCUUAACUUUUGUUCUUUAUGCUACGUGAUAUUCUGCUAGUUGAGAUCCACAACUUACUGAUUGCUCAGAAAUUUCUGGGAGCUGAUAGGCAGCUACAGUUCCAUGGUGGCAUGUUGGAUUAUCUUUUUUUCCCUGUAUGUGGAUUUU